AUGGCUAAGCCUGAAUUAAACGCAAACUUCCAUCCCGUGACCAUCCUGAGCGCCCCCAGACCACGGAUCACGCCUAACCCGUCAAAAUCAGGACCGUGCUCUAACCGUCCCUGGAACAACACGUCAUGGAGACCAGACAGUUGUCAGGACUGCACCUGCCACAAUGACAUCGUCGUCUGCAAAACCUCUUACUGCCACAACCCACAGUGUGACCUUCAGAGGGGCGAACGCUUGAGAAUACCACCCAAUAAGUGCUGUCCGGAGUGUCUCCCACAGUCCGCCGGUUCCUGUCAGCAUCAAGGAGCCAUAUAUGGGCAUGACAGCCAGUGGAGUGACUCCAAGUGCUCUGUCUGUACCUGCUCUCAUGGGACAGUGUCGUGCGCUCCUAGGCCUUGCCCUCCACUCAGCUGUGGGAGAGACCAGAGUCCCUUCAUCCCGGAUGGAGAGUGCUGUCCCAGAUGUGCCCGUAAUGGAGCAUCCUGCUCUUGGGAAGGGAGAGAACACAGGGACGGGGAGGAGUGGUCCUCAGGUCCAUGUACUAAGUGUGAAUGUAGGUCUGGACGCAUCCAGUGCUCUACUGCGGAGUGUUUACCUGUCACCUGUAAAGCGAACGAGAACCUGGUCAUCCAACCGGGACGGUGCUGCCCCCAGUGUGAGCCGGACCCCUGUCUGGCUAAUGGAAAACAAUAUAAGCACGGAGAACAGUGGCAGAAGAACAGCUGUACCACGUGUGUGUGUGACCGUGGUCAGUCUCGUUGUCACACAGAGAAAUGUCCUCCACUCACCUGUAACAAGGGUCAGGCGAAAGUCAAAAGGUCGGGCCAGUGUUGCGAGGAAUGCUCCUCCACCAAAGGCAGCUGCCUGUACGAAGGCGUGGUGCGUUACCACGGCGACAUGUGGAACGGCACGGGGUGCGAGUUCUGCCUGUGUGAGCGGGGCCAGGUGCUGUGCCAACGAGCGGAAUGCGGCAGGGUCCAGUGUCCACGGGGAGAGGAGUUGGUCCAGUUACCAGGGAAAUGCUGUCCAGAAUGUAAAAGCAUGGUCAGCUCCUGUGUUUAUAACCCACCCGAACUGGAGGGUCAGCAGGGCGGCAUGAAGAGCUUCAGACGCCUUUCUAAUCUGGAGAGGUGGAAUGAAGGUCCAUGUCGAGAGUGCCAGUGUAAGGAUGGUCAUGUGACCUGUUACAGACUCUCCUGCCCGACAUGCGCGGCGGGCACCCUGGCCAUGCCCCAGCCGGGAGAGUGCUGCCCACAGUGCCAUCCAGCUGUUCCGUGCAGGCAGGACUGUCUGACGUGCUCCGGCUCUGCUGAUCACUGUGAAAGCUGUAAGGAUCCCGGUGCGUUUCUGUGGAACGGACGCUGCCUGCAGAAGUGCCCUCAGGGGUUUUUCCCACAAGGCCGAGUCUGUGCAGCCUGCCAGCCAUCCUGUUCCACCUGUGAAAAUGACUUUGAAUGUACAUCAUGUGGUGGGUCCCUCAUAUUAAACAACAGGCAGUGUGUAACCACCUGUGACAGAGGCUUUUACCAGGACCACACACAGUGUCUGAGUUGCGAUGAGACCUGCUCGUCCUGCCGUGGUCCCGGUCAACACGAGUGCCUCUCCUGCGCUGACCCGUCCCACCUGCUCAAAGACGGGUUCUGCGUCACCGACUGCGGCCCCGGAUUCUACGCCAAGCAAGGCAGCUGCUACGCAUGUGAUCCAUCAUGUGCUGCCUGUUUCCCUGACAACCCCAGCUGCACAACAUGCCCCUCAGAUUACACACUGCAUCAUGGGAAAUGUAUUCCCCAGUGUCCGGAGCACCACUACAAAGACAUUCAUGGCCGUUGCCAAGCGUGCCACAGUGCGUGCGCGGCCUGCUCAGGUCCCUCCGUGUCCCAGUGCACGUCGUGCCCGGCGGGCCUGGCCCUGCAUCUCGGACGGUGUUUGGAAUCUUGCGGGGAGGGGAUGUUCUUCCGAGACGGCCUGUGUCACCGUUGUCAUUCAUCCUGUCGUGCGUGUGUGGGGCCCGAGUCCUGGGAGUGCGUACGCUGCUUGAAACCCGAGGAGGUCCUGCAGCCCUGGACUCAGUCUGUCUCUUACGGGAGCUGUGUGUCCUCCUGCCAAACCCAGCACUACCUCAGCAUCGCACACAUCUGCAGAGAGUGCCAUGCCUCGUGUUCGCAGUGUACGGCAGGAAGUGCCCAGAGCUGCAUUUCCUGUGUCCGGCCAAAUGUCCUCCAUCAGGGACAGUGUCUGGAUCGCUGUCCCCAUGGUUACCACGUCCAGGAAGGUUCCUGUCGAGCCUGCCACCCGUCCUGUAAAGAAUGCACUGGGCCGUCUCAGGCCGACUGCUCAGUCUGUCCUCCACACGCGAGCCUUCACAACGGUUACUGCAGGAGUAGCUGUCCAGAGGGACAGUACCUCAACGCGGUGGGCCACUGCAGCGAUUGCCAUGGUGACUGCCAGCGUUGUGCAGCAGACCUGCAGACUGGCACGGGCACGGUGUGUUUAUGGUGUAAAGUGCCCAGGACGCUGCUGCUGGGGGAUCGCUGUGUGGCACAGUGCCCCUCUGGGCACUACCAGCAACACGGAGCCUGCAAAAAAUGCCACUCUUCAUGUGGGGAGUGCCAUGGGGAGGGGCCACUCUCCUGUACUUCCUGUUUGGCGCCAGCCGUGCUGCUGUCCUCUGGUCUGUGUGUGUCUCGCUGCCCGGUGGGUUACUAUAGCGACGCAGACCGGGUCUGCAGGGCGUGUGACAGCCAGUGUUUGACAUGUGACAUGGCUGGGGUGUGCACAUCCUGCAGAGACCCUGAUAAAGUCCUCCUGUUUGGAGAAUGUCAGUACGAGAACUGCGCCCAUCAGUAUUACCUCAAUAUCACCACUCGCACCUGCAGAGAGUGCGACUGGAGCUGUAAUGCCUGUCGUGGACCUCUGCGCUCGGACUGUCUGCAGUGCAUGGAGGGUCACAUGCUCCAGGGGGGCGUGUGUGUUCAGAGCUGCUCCCCGGGCUCUUACCGCGACGGAGACAGGUGCCUCGACUGUGAUGAACACUGUGAUGUGUGCCAAGGACCCAGGCAGUGCCAGCGAUGCCAGGCACCAUAUGCCACACUGAGGGGAGUGUGUGUUCAGGAGUGUGGCAAGAAACACUUUCUAGAUAUUUCUACCCAGCAGUGCACAAUGUGUUCUCCGGGGUGUGUGGAGUGUGUGAGUAAGGACCAGUGUACAGCGUGCGUGGAGAACUCAUUCCUGAGGGAGGGGCAGUGCACAGAAGACUGUGGACCUGGUUACUAUGCCGACCGGAAGAGCAGAAGCUGCCGUGCAAACAGUCACGCUCCAGUUCUGCACGUCAACGGUUCCCUCCUGGUUCCUAUUGGUGGAGUGAGGCCUUUAGACCCAGCCUUGCUGUCAGUGAAAGACUCAGACAGCCAAUCAGAAAGCCUGGUGUUCCAGCUCCUGCAGCUGCCCUCAAACGGCCGACUGGUGUGUGUGGAGAAAGGCCAGGAGAGACACCUGGACAGGGAUGAUUCAUUUACCUUCACACAGCUCAGAGAAAGAGCUGUGCGCUUCAUCCACUCAGCCAAGCAGCCCAAAAGUGGACAGUUCACCUUGAGGGCUGCAGAUCCCCAGCUGUUCUCCCAGGCACAGAGUGUUAGUGUCCAGGCUGUUUCCCAGCAGCCGCCGUUUGUGGUAACCAACCAGCCGUUAGCGAUCGACGCCGGGGAGGCGGCCGUCAUUUCCCGGUCGGUGUUGCACGUCGAGGACUACGAUAACCCUCAGGACGUUCUGCUGAUGGUCCUCGACCCUCCCAGGCACGGCCGGCUGAUGCGUCUCCAUGGCGACCGGGCGGCAACUCAGUUUAAGCUGGAGGAGCUGGCGCGCGAGCAGCUGCAAUACGUCCACGACGGUUCUGAGGGAACGCAGGACAGCCUGCUCCUGCAGAUAAACGACGGGCACAGCUACCAGAACCUUCUUUUCCACGUCAACGUGACCCAGAAGACUGGCCUCUCCCCUCCCAUGCUGUCUUUACCUAAGACCUGGGUUCGAGGAGGAGGGAUGGUACAGCUGUCAAAGAAAUACCUCAACACCCAGUAUAAAGGAGCCCCUGACUCAGAAAUAGUCUACACCAUCGACACGGCCAAAGGGCUACCCAAAUAUGGUGAGGUGCUGCUGGUGCCCAUGCCAGCCGAUGGUCCUGUGGACGGGUGGCACUUUUUCCCAGAUGGCACAGACUCUACUCCCACCACCAGCUUCACUCAGCAGGACGUCAACGAGGGCACGGUGUGGUACCGCCACUUUGGCUCCGCUUCACACGACGACACCUUCCAGUUUCAGGUUUCCAGUGAAACUUACCCUGAAGUUCUCAGUGAUUCUCAGACGUUUACCAUUGGAGUUCUGCCACAGACACCUGGCUUUCCUCAGCUGUCUCCUGGAGCUGACUUACAGAUCACCGCUUUAGAGGAUCGAGUCACAGUGAUUAGCCCUGCUGCACUCUCUUUUGUGGACGCGGAGACGCCCAGCGAAAAGCUUGUCUACAACGUCACCAAACCCUUAGCCCAAGGACAUGGCGUGUUGGAGCACAGGGACAGGCCAUACACUCCUGUGCGAUCCUUCACCCAGGCCGACGUCAACAACGGCAAGAUCAUCUACAGGCCCCCACGGGCCCCCGCACACCUGCAGGAACUCUACCAGUACUCCUUCACAGGUUUGCCUGAGUCCGUCAGUCUCCAUUUCACAGUGUCUGAUGGGGAACACACCAGCCCAGAGAUGGAUUUUGCCAUACUCCUCCUGACCAAUCACCAGCAGCCGCCCGUCUUUCAGAUCCUCGACCCCAUCCUGGAGGUCAGCCCGGGUGGCAGAGCGGCCGUCGGCGGGCAGCAGCUGGCUGUGACAGAUGCAGACACUGCUCCUGAUGAGCUGGAGUUUGAGCUGGUGGAGUCUCCAGUUCAUGGCACUCUCCACAGGGUUGACUCAGGCACGCAGACGCCAAUGCUGAACGGAGACAUCUUCACGUUCAGCGACAUCACCCGGAAUGUUCUGCAGUACGAGCAUGCCGGCUUGAACACGGAGGAGGACGCCAUGACGUUCUCUGUGACGGACGGCAUCUCCAUGACGACCACCACGGUGCAGGUCGUGGUGCUGGGGGUCAAAGGUGACGGGCCCAGGCGUGACCCGGAAGCUCUGCUGUCCAUGGAAGUGUCAGAGAAGAGCAGCACAGUCAUCACUCGCACAAGCCUGGCCUACGUGGAUGACACCUCUCCGGACGAGAAGAUCCACAUCCAGCUGGUGUCAGUGCCCAUGUACGGAAUCCUGACCAGAACCAACUCUCAGUCAGACCAUGAGGAACUGAUUGAGUAUUCUUCCUUCACGAUGCAAGACGUCAACUUACACAAGAUACGAUACAUCACUUCAUUUGAAACUGGAGACCAGCCUGUUACCGAUAUCUUCCAUUUCAUCGUCUAUGAUGAUGACAACAAUCGCCUUGACAACCAGAUGUGUACCAUCACCAUCACAUCCAAGCAGAGGCAGCCACCCAUAGUCACAGUCCGCAGUGGGAUUAAGGUUCAGGAAGGGGGCAGGGUCCAGCUGUCGGCCAAUCACAUCAUAGCGUCUGAUCCGGACACGCCAAAAAAAGACCUCCUGGUUUGGCUGAUCAACCCACCUAAAUAUGGCUUCAUUGAAAACACAAAACAUGUCGGUUCCACGGGCGGCUCUCGCCUCAUCGGUCCAGACGUGCCUUUCAGCGUGGAGGACUUGACCUCCGACCGCGUCUUCUACGUGCAGAAUGUCCGUCAGCCCAACGUUCACAGCGACGUCUUCAGCCUCUACGUCAGUGACGGAUCCAGCCAGACGGCAGCUUUUGAUGUCACCAUAGACAUCCUGGAGAGCAAAGAAGAGAAAACUCCAGUGAUCUCAGUGAGCAGUAUUCAUGUGGAAGAAAAUUCUGGUGUGGUUAUCACAAACUCCUCCUUAAAUGUGGUGGAUCUGGACACGCCUGAGAAUGAGAUUAUACUCACAGUCAUCAAAAAACCAUUUUAUGGCAAACUGCGGAGAAGACAGUUUUACUCCCAGCCUCUGGACAACGGGCGAAUCCUCCAGCAAGGCUCCACCUUCACCUACCAGGACGUUUUGGACGAGCUGAUGGUGUACACCCCGGACGGCCUGGCGGCGGGAACGGACGAACUGCGUUUCUCCGUCACGGACGGCAUCCACACGGAGACGGGGCGGCUGGAGUUCAGCAUGGACGUGAAGAAGAGCGAAACGCCCAGAGUGACCGUCAACAGAGGCCUUCAGAUCCCUGCAGGGUCGUCUGCUAAGAUCACUGAGCAGCAUCUGAAGGGAACCGACGAGGAUUCGGACAACGCGAAGCUCAAGUUCACCCUGACGAAAGACCUCCAUGUGGGGACAUUGCAGCUCUCAAAGGGCAGAACAAAAGCCAAAAUCUCUGUCAAAGGACCAGUGAAGAGUUUCACCCAGGAUGACAUUAACAAAGGUUUGGUGGAAUACAUUCACGAGAAGUCUGAGACUGGGGGCAGUUUCUCCUUCAAGUUCAACUUGGAAGACCCUGAGGGCAACAAAGCGAUAGACCAGUCGUUCUUCAUCAGCGUGCUGGAGGACAGACUCCCUCCCUCAGUCGUGGUAAAUAAAGGCUUGGUGUUGGACGAGGGCUCAGUGAAGAAAAUCACCACCUCACAGCUGUCCUCCACAGACCAAGACAGCGAACCAGGAGAGCUUGUCUACCGAAUCACCAAGCAGACCCAGCUUGGCCAUCUGGAACAUUCCAGCAAUCCAGGCAAGCGCAUCAGCACGUUCACUCAGGCGGACCUCGUCUCCCGCAGUAUUCAGUACAUCCACAGCAGCGAGGAGGAGAAACACUCCGACGACUUCACCUUCACAGUGUCUGACGGUGCUAAUGAGAUCUCCCAGACCUUCUACAUCACUCUCCGGCCAGUGGACGACUCUUUGCCUUUGCUGCAGGUUCCAGGAAUGAGGGUCCAAGAGGGAGUGAGGAAGACUAUCACAGAGUUUGAGCUGAAGGCCACAGACGCAGACACAGAGGAGGAAUCUAUCAUCUUCACGAUCGUUCAGCCCCCGCGGCAUGGAACCAUUGAGCGGACCAACGGUGGACAACACUACCGUCAGACCAGCACCUUCUCCAUGGACGACAUCUACCAGAACCGGAUCAGCUACAGCCACGACGGUAGCAACUCCCUCAAAGACCGCUUCACCUUCACCGUGUCCGACGGAGCCAACAUGUUCUUCAUGGUGGAGGAAGGCGGGAAAGAGAUUGUCACAGCUGCACCACAGAAGUUUAAAAUUGACAUCCUGCCAGUGGAUGAUGGUACUCCUCGAAUUGUCACUAAUCUGGGCCUUCAGUGGCUGGAGUACAUAGACAACAAGGCAACCAAUCUGAUUUCCAAAAAAGAGCUUCUCACCAUUGAUCCAGACACAGAUGAUGGACAGCUGACCUACGAGAUCACCGCUGAGCCCAGACACGGUUUCCUGGAGAGCAAGCUAAAACCCGGCACUCCCCUCAACACCUUCACACAAGCUGACAUAAACCUGGGUCUGAUCCGUUAUGUGCUGAGAGAAGAGAGCGUCCAGGAAACCAUGGACAACUUCAAGUUUCUGGUGAAGGACAGCAUGCCCAAUAUUGUCAGUGACAACGUGUUUCAUAUUCAGUGGUCCCUCAUCAGCUUCGAGCACAAAAGCUAUAACGUGAGCGAGAAAGCGGGAACGGUCGCGGUGACGGUGAAGAGGACCGGGAACCUUAACCAGUACGCCAUCGUUCUGUGUCGUACGGAGCAGGGCACAGCCACCUCCACCUCCAGCGUGGGGUCGCGACCCGGGCAACAGGACUACGUAGAGUACGCAGGGCAGGUCCAGUUCGACGAGAGAGAAGACACCAAAGUUUGCACCAUCGUGAUUAACGACGACCAGGUGUUUGAGAACAUCGAGAGUUUUAACGUGGAGUUGAGCAUGCCCGUUUACGCCCUGCUGGGUCACGUGACCAAAGCGAAAGUCUACAUCAACGACACGGAGGACGAGCCCACCCUGCAGUUCGAUAAGAAGACCUACCACGUCAACGAGAGCACCGGUUUCAUAUUCGCCCCAAUCGAAAGGAAAGGCGAUACCUCCAGCAUGGUGUCGGCCCUGUGUUACACCAUGCCCAAAUCAGCCCAAGGCAGCAGCCUACACGCCCUGGAGUCCGGUUCCGAUUACAAGUCCCGUGGGAUGAGCCGGGAGAACAGGGUCAUCUUCGGCCCGGGUGUCAGCAUGUCCACCUGCGACGUCAAACUGAUCGACGACAGCGAGUACGAGCUGUCCGAGGAGUUUGAGCUGGUGCUGUCGGACGCCUCGGACAACGCGCGCAUGGGUGACAUCACCAUCGCCAAGGUGAUCAUCGACGGGCCCAACGACGCCUCAACGGUGUUCCUUGGCAAUGGGUCCUUCACCUUCAGCGAGGAUGCAGGUACCAUUGAGAUCCCUGUCCUUAGGCACGGCAGUGACCUCUCCUCCGUGACCUCUGUGUGGUGUGCCACGCGACCCGCUGACCAGGACUCGGCCACGCCCGGGGUGGAUUACAUCCCCAGCUCCAAAAAAAUCGAGUUCAAACCUGGCAAGACCGAGGAGACGUGCAGUUUGACUAUUAUGGAUGACAUUCAGAAUCCCACCAUCGAGGGAAAAGAGUCGUUUGUGGUGUUUCUGAGUUCUCCCAACGGUGCCGUCCUCACCGAACCCCACGAGGCUUCAGUCUACAUCACAGACACCACCCAGGACAUUCCCAGCAUGCAGUUUGAGAAGGUGGCGUACACGGUGAAGGAGAAAGACCGAGUCCUGCACAUUCCCAUAAUCCGGACGGGAGACCUGACAUACAAGUCCUCCGUCAGGUGCUUCACCCGUACCAUGUCCGCCAUGGUGAUGGAUGACUUCGAGGAAAGGAGGAACGAUGAUGAUUCCCGCAUCACGUUCCUCAAAGGAGAGAAGGUGAAGAAUUGCACGGUGCAGGUACACGACGACUCCGUGUUUGAGCCAGAGGAGGAGUUUCAGGUUCACCUGGGCACGCCUCAAGGAGACCACUGGAGCGGAGCCAUGAUCGGGGUCAAAGACAUCGUCACGGUGACCAUCACCAAUGAGGAGGACGCACCUACCAUUGAGUUUGAACAAGCCUCCUACCAGGUGCGGGAGCCGCCAGGUCCAGAUGGAAUUGAGGUUCUGAACAUCAAAGUGAUCCGUAAAGGAGACCUGGACCGAACCUCUAAGAUCCGCUGCAGCACCAGGGACGGUUCGGCCCAGUCUGGAGUGGACUACAACCCCAAGAGCAGAGUCCUCAAGUUCAGCCCUGGGAUGGACCACAUUCUCUUCAAAGUUGAGAUCUUGUCAAACGAGGACCGUGAGUGGCACGAGUCGUUCUCAUUGGUCCUUGGACCCGAUGACCCUGUGGAGGCUGUGCUCGGUGAGAUCACCAUGGCAACAGUGACCAUCCUGGACCAGGAAGCUGCGGGCAGUCUCAUUCUCCCGGCUCCGCCCAUCGUGGUGUCUCUGUCAGACUAUGACUAUGUUCAGGAGGUCACCAAAGAGGGCAGUAAAAAGUCCCCGUCUCCAGGGUACCCCCUGGUCUGUGUGACCCCCUGUGACCCUCACUACCCCAAAUACUCAGUCAUGAGAGAACGCUGUGAGGAGGCAGGCAUCAACCAAACCUCCGUCCACUUCAGCUGGGAGGUGGCAGCUCCCACCGACAGCAGCGGGGCCAGGUCUCCGUUCGAAACGGUUACGGACAAUACUCCAUACACCACAGUUAAUCACAUGGUCCUGGACAGUAUAUACUUUAGCCGGCGUUUCCACGUUCGCUGUGUGGCUCAGGCCAGGGAUAAGGCAGGGCAUCUGGGCACACCCCUCAGGAGCAACAUUGCUGUGAUUGGUACAGAGGGCUCCAUAUGCCACACCCCUGUUACCACGGGAACAGCCCGGGGGUUCCAAGCUCAGUCUUUCAUCGCCACUCUGAAAUACCUGGACGUGAAACACAAGGAACAUCCCAACCGGAUUCACAUCUCAGUCCAAAUCCCUCACCAAGACGGAAUGCUCCCCCUAGUGUCCACAAUGCCUCUGCACAACCUCCACUUCCUUCUGUCCGAAUCCAUCUACCGCCAGCAACACAUCUGUUCCAACCUGGUCACACUCAAAGACCUGCAGGGAGUCUCCGAGACCGGCUUUCUGGAUGACGUGUCCUAUGACAGCAUAUCCCUUGGCCCUGGAUAUGACCGGCCCUAUCAGUUUGACCCAAUUGUGAGGGAACCCAAAACCAUCCAGCUCUACAAGCACCUGAACCUGAAAAGCUGCAUCUGGACUUUCGAUGCUUACUAUGAUAUGACUGAACUCAUCGACGUGUGUGGAGGAUCAGUCACCGCUGACUUUCAGGUGAGAGACUCUGCACAGUCUUUCCUGACGGUACAGGUUCCCCUCUAUGUUUCUUACAUCUACGUCACGGCACCUCGUGGCUGGGCCUCUCUGGAACAUCACACAGAGAUGGAGUUCUCCUUCUUCUAUGACACCGUUCUGUGGAGAACCGGCAUUCAGACAGACAGCGUUUUGUCAGCCAGACUCCAGAUCAUCAGGAUAUUUAUCAGAGAGGAUGGUCGCUUGGUGAUCGAGUUUAAAACUCAUGCUAAAUUCAGAGGUCAGUUUGUCCCCGAACACCACACCUUGCCUGGGCACAAAUCCCACCUGAUGGCCCCUGAUCACCUGGGAGGCAUUGACUUCGACCUGCAGCUGGUGUGGAGUGCCCAGUCUUUUGAUUCACCCUAUCAGCUCUGGAGAGCCACCAGUUCCUAUAGCAGGAAAGACUACUCUGGGGAGUACACAGUCUUUCUCAUCCCCUGUACAGUACAGCCCACUCAACCAUGGAUCGACCCUGGAGAUAAACCUCUGUCCUGCACUGCACAUGCUCCAGAGAAAUUCCUGGUGCCCAUUGCUUUCCAGCAAACCAAUCGUCCCGUCCCUGUGGUGUACUCGCUCAACACUGAGUUUCAGCUGUGUAACAAUGAGAAAGUCUUUAUGAUGGAUCCGGCCUCUGCAGACGUGGCUAUGGCUGAGAUGGACUACAAAGGAGCCUUCUCUAUGGGCCAGACGUUGUAUGGGAGAGUACUGUGGAACCCAGAGCAGAACCUGAACUCGGCUUACAAACUCCAGCUUGAGAAGGUGUACCUGUGCACAGGCCGAGACGGCUACGUCCCCUUUUUUGACCCAACCGGCACCCUGUACAAUGAGGGUCCACAGUACGGCUGCAUUCAGCCAAAUAAGAAUCUCAAACACAGGUUCCUGCUACUGGAUCGGAAGCAGCCAGAUGUAUGUGACCGCUACUUCCAUGAUGUUCCUUUUGAGGCCAGCUUUUCCAGUGAUAUUCCAGAAUUGCAGGCCAUGGCUGGAAUGCCUGGGGUGGAUGGCUUCACUAUGAAAGUUGAUGCUCUUUACAAGGUGGAGGCGGGGCAUCAGUGGUACCUGCAGGUAAUCUAUGUGAUUGGUCCAGAAUCCAUCUCCAGUCCAAGGAUCCAGCGUUCACUGACCUAUCAGCUAAAGCGUAGUCGUCGGGACCUGGUUGACCGUUCAGGGCGUCUCAUGCUGGACGAGUCCCUCAUCUAUGACAAUGAGGGUGACCAGGUGAAGAAUGGCACCAACAUGAAGUCACUGAAGCUAGAGGUGGAGCCCUCAGCAACGUACAACCCUCAAAUGGGUAGCUCCAUCGGGGGAGGCGUGGCAGCUGUCACGGUGCUCGUACUGAUCCUCCUGGCAUUCUGCUUCGUGGUCCGAAGAUGUCGCCUUAUUGGAAAGAAGAGGCCGCUCAAAGCGGCAGAGGAGUAUCCGCUGAAUACGAAGGUGGAAGUAUGUUUGGAGCGGCUGGAGAAGAACCUCAACAGCAAGCACUGUACCGUGAGGAAUGUGAACCUCCUUCACAAGAGCCCUGAUACCUGCAAGGCUAACGGGGUCAAGGUCAAACAGGUCAACCUGGAGGUCAAACUUCACAACAACUUGAACGAUGGCACUGAAGUCUGA